UUGAGUCACAGGUUUAUCCUUUGGUGUGUGGAUUGCCUUUUAAAAAAUCUUUUUUUCUUCUUUUUUUCUUUUUUCUUUUAUAUUUUCAUUUUUGUAAAUCCACAAUUUAUUUCUCAGGAGUUCUAUUUUGUUUCCUUUUUUUGUCCCACCAUCACAAAACUCUGACCAGGCGAGCAGGAUUUGCAUCAUAUGGCAGAGGGGCAUGGUCUGGGCUACAAUAGAGUUUAGCUGGCAACUUGAGACUAAACACAACAUAUAAUGAAGCACACUGCUGGAAGUGGACUCUCCAACUGACUGAGCUACAAGGAAGAGUGAAAUCCUUUACUUGGAAGAUCUGAUGACAAGUUACAGCAGCGGAGGAUUUUUCAACCCUGGCUACCAUGACAGUGAGACCCUGGAGAUCGAUAGAAGGUCUUCCAGCAAAACUCACCAUGCUAACCCCUAUGCUGGACAAGACCCAGCCUGGCGGGGGGAGAGGACAGACACUCAUUACUCAUCGAAUGCACAGCCCAGCAGUAAUGGGGGAGUAGGGAGAGCCCCACAGGGGAGUUGGCGGGAGGAGAGCUGGAGAGGGGGAGAGAGCAUCCCCAUGGGCCACAUCUCAACACACUCUGGGAGUCCAGCAGGGCAUCAUGACCUCAAUCACAGUGCAUUCCAAAUGCCCCCGUACUCCCAGUACGAUCGACCCCCAGCCAUCCCACUUCCUUCUACAAUAUCAGGGAACAUGACCAUGAGAUGGAGGGGCGCAGCAAUGAGAAGGAUGAGCAUGUUUCCCAGUGCUGAUCCUGCCCAUCUAGCUUUCACAGAGGAUGCCAUCAGGAGUGAAAUGGAGAAUGAGGAACAAAACCUGGUAAAGGAACUUGUUGCCCUGUCAACACGGGACCGAAUUCGGGCCAUCCGGGACCUAACAAUGAGCUUUGAAGAGAAGAAACAUAUCAGGAACCAAGUCCUGGCAUUCAAAUCUGCCGAACAGUCACGCCAGUUCACAUGUUUUUCAGAGUGCUCUGAGACGGUGUCUCUGUCUUUCCGCAGGUGUGGCUACAGCAUAAAUUCAGCCAGGCAGACCCUGGAGCUGUGGCAUGGGAUCAUGAAAGAGAUUGGUGGCAAGUUUGGCACCAGCGUCCUCUCUUAUUUCAUUUUCCUCAAGUGGCUGCUCAUGUUCAACAUUUUUUCCUUCCUCGUCAACUUUUGCUUCAUCACCAUCCCACUGCUUGUUGACGACCCUUCACCCAACAUACCUCCAAAUGUGAGCUUCAGGGGACUGGAGCUACUGACCGGAGUUGGCUACUUUAACUACACGUCCAUGUAUUAUGGCAGCUACAGUAACAGAACCCUGGGGCGUCACGUGGAGUAUAACAUGCAGUUGGCAUAUUUCUUCACCAUUGCUGUCUACAUGGUGCUGUGUGGACUAGCGCUAAUCUUCAGCAUGGCCAGCACAUUCAAGAGAAAUUACGUGCUAGCAGAUCCAGUUUCAAACAGUGCAUGGCAACUCCUGUGCAGCUGGGAUUUUAGUAUAACCAAUGAGCGAGCAGUGAAACAGCGCAAGAACAAUCUGCGUGUCCAACUUAAGGAGUCUUUGUCUGAGAGGGCCCAAAGGGAGCUUCUUACUGCCAAAGAGAAACUGAGGCACUUUGGGAUUCAUCUGGGCUCUUGGCUCCUUUCCACCAGUUUGGCUGUAGGCUGUGGAGCCAGCAUCUAUCAUCUCAGCCAAUAUGAACAAAGGAGGACAACAGAUACUACCAACUGGUCUCCAGUUAAGGAAGCAGAAACUCUCCUGGUUCCCUUUGUUGUUUCUCUGAUGAAUCUGGUUGUGCCGUUGUUUUACUCCCUCUUUAACAAGUUUGAGCACUACUCCAGCCAGCGGAAACAGAUCUAUGCUCUGGUAGUCAGAAAUGUGCUCCUGAAGAUGUCUAUUCUAGCUGUUUUGUGUUAUCACUGGAUGAAUAAUGUGUCUCAAAAAUUUUCAUGUUGGGAGUCCAUGGUGGGACAGGCCUUGUACCGUCUGGUCAUCAUUGAUUUUCUUUUUCUCAUGUUGGGCUCCUUCUUUGGGGAGUUUCUUAGCAAUGUCAUUGGGACCAGAUUAGUACCACGUCUUGGGGUUCCAGAGUUUGAUGUAGCUAGAAAUGUCCUAGAACUGAUCUACGCCCAGACUUUGGCCUGGAUUGGAAUCUACUUCUCUCCUCUGCUACCUGUCAUCCAGAUUAUUAAAUUUUUCAUCCUGUUUUACUUGAAGAAGGUCAGUCUGACACAGAACUGCCAGCCUCCACGGCGGUCAGGCAGGGCAGCUCAGAUGCAAACUAUCUUCAUCGGCCUCCUCUUUUUACCUGGUUUUGUGGGAGCAGUGUCUAUGGUUGCAUACACAGCCUGGAGUCUCAAACCAUCGGAGCAGUGCGGCCCUUUCCAAGGACUCAACAACACCUUCAGUGUGGUCACCAUUUGGAUGGAUGGUCUAGAGGAUAUCAACACUUCUCCCUGGGCUGUGUGGAUUUACCAAAAUGUCAUAAGAAGUGUAAUCUUCUAUUUUUUUGUGACACUUCUAAUCAUAGUCGUCAUAUACAUCUUCUGGCAAGUAACCCAGGGCCGCAAGCAGCUCAUCAGUCUACUUAAACAACAGAUAGUUAAUGAGGGGAAAGACAAGUCUUUCUUGUUAGAAAAGCUCCAUAAUCUGCAGAAAUGUCAGCCCAAUAAAAAACCCAAGCAGAAGAAUCAAAGAAAGCACACCAAUCGGCGUCCUGAUGACCACUCCUCUGGAGGUCAGUCCAAUUCAAAUGCCAUGGUUCAGACUCUACUUGCUCGACAGCGGUUUGAAGAGGAGGAGGAGGGGCACAGGAGUGGUGGAGAGCCUGCUCCAUCUGACAUUUCAUCAUCCAGCUCUCUGGUUCAAGUCUUGUUGGCCCGUCAAAGAGCAGAGGAGUCAGAAAGGGAUGAAUUCUACGGGACAACAGGUUACUCUGAAAACCAUGUAAACACAUCCAGUGCUGUCACACAGGUGAUACAAGCCAGACAGAGAAUGGAGGCAUAUGGAGCAGACGACGGGGAUGACCUGUCAUCGCCUGUGUCAAGUGUUAUGAUGCAAGUCAUGCAAGCCAGGCAGAGAGCAGAGGAAGAGGAAGAGGAGGAGGAAAGAUUUCAGUGGGCUCCUGCUCCUCAAGAGAAUGCGGCACCUGCAGGCUCCAGUGCCCUCAUACAGGCCAUGUUAGCCCGGCAGCGGGCCCAGAACGAGUACGAUGAUGGUUACUGAGAAAGAAGGAGUCUGACAUUAUUCAGCAACACACUGAAAGAACAUCAAAGGAGACUAAAAAGGACUAAAAUAACACUUUUCUGGGAAUGUUUUGUUGUCGUGGUUUAGCAUCUCUUUAAGCUAGUUCACAGUUAAGGUAAUUUAUCCAGAUGUGCAAGACAUAAAGACCAGCUGUAUAUAUAAAUCUCAGAUAUCUAUUGUAGCAGGACAAGGGGAGAGGGACGUUCGCCUCUUUAUGCACUUUUUUAAGACAGUAUAUUUUUGAAAGUAUAUUUAAAAGCAAUAUAAAAUUACUUUAGAAUUUAAAUUAAAAGCAACCAGCCCUAUUAUACCAUUUUCUUUAU